UUAUAACAUAGAAUAUAUGUACAUAUUUAAUAUGUGCAUAUAUAUUUUUUUUUUAUUAAAUAAAAAGAUUCGUAUUUAAGGACCAAAAGAGUACGAAUGCCUAGAAUUAAGGUACAUGUCCAGGCAUUGAUACUUUUACAUUAAUCUCUGCGACAGCUAGUGAUGUGAACUUGGUUACAUAUCAUUUCCGAAAUUUUUUACGUAUUUGGUCUCGAGUAUUACAAAUGAACAUCUAUUAAUCAUCUGAAAUGUCUAUUUAAGAGAAAUUUUGCAUGAAUCUUGUUCAAUUCUUUAGGAAAAAUAUGUAAUAUCAAAUUAUCAUGUAUCGUACAUUCAAGGCAACUUAUCAUAGAACAUUUAACAUUUAACACGAAAGUCAUGUGUCGUGUAUUGUUGUGAGAUAAAUAAAAUACAGUACAUGGCUCAAUGAGUACCUAUCGUGAGGCAGUUACGAUCUCCGUGGGGCAAGCCGGAACGCAGAUCUCAAACGCUUGCUGGGAAUUACUUUGCCUCGAGCAUGGAAUUAGAUCCGAUGGAUUUCUUUAUGCGGGAUAUAGACCAUCGGAUGAUGCGUAUUGCGCAUUCUUCUCACCGUCGCAGACGAGGAAGUUCACACCGCGCGCUGUACUGAUCGACUUGGAGCCAACGGUGAUCGAUGAGAUCAGGACUGGCUCUUACAGAAACCUUUUCGGUCCGGAAUGUUUAAUCACGGGAAAGGAAGAUGCCGCGAACAAUUUCGCCAAGGGUUACUACUCGAUCGGUCGCGAGGCGAUUGACAUCACGUUAGAUCGUAUCCGCAUAAUAUGCGAAAACUGUUCGAAUUUGAGUGGCUUUAUAAUCUAUAGAUCGUGCGGCGGUGGCACGGGCAGUGGUUUCGCGACUUUACUGUUGGAAAAUCUCGGCGAAGAUUACGCUAAGAAAACGAAGUUGGACUUUGCCGUUUGCACCGCGCCAAAUAUUGCCACUGCGAUUGUCGAGCCUUACAAUUCUAUUUUCGCCACACACGGUGCGCUGGAUCACGAAGAUUGCUGUUUCGUGAUAGAUAACGAGGCGUUGUACGACAUGUGCGCUAGGAGAUUGGACGUCGAGAAUCCAACGUACACGAAUCUCAACCGCUUGCAGGCACAGGUUGUUUCUAGCAUCACCACAUCAAUGAGAUUCAGGGCCGAUGUGAACACCAGUCUGCAAGAGUUGCAAACAAAUCUCGUGCCAUACCCGAGAAUACAUUUUCUGUUAAUGGCUUACGCGCCGAUGACUACCCCCCAGAAAGCGAUGCACACAAACGUGUCGGUUCAGCAAAUUACGUUUGAAUGUUUCGAGCCUACUAAUCAAAUGGUGAAGUGCGAUCCACGCACCGGAGCUUAUACGAGCUGUUGCCUGCUCUACCGCGGAGACGUGAAUUCUAAGGACGUUAGCAACGCGGUUAAGUCUUUAAAGGCCACAAGGUCCAUACGUUUUGUCGACUGGAGCCCGACCUCUUUCAAGGUGGGAAUCAAUCCCCAACCAGCUGUCACAGUUCCUGGUGGCGAUCUGGCAAAGUCCAGACAAACUGUCGCGACGUUGAGCAACAAUACAGCCAUUAGGUACGUUUGGUCGAGGCUCGUAAAUAAAUUUGACGCAAUGUGCAGGAGGAAGGCCUUCUUCCAUCACUAUCUAGCCGAAGGUAUGGAGGAGAGUGUUUUCGAAGAUGCUCGAGACGAUAUAACUGCUCUGGUACAAGAUUAUGUUGAAGUAGAAAAAUAAAUCUGCAUAUUAUGCGUCUCAGACAAUCGUCGCUUCUCUUAACGUACAUAAGUUUGUAAAUCAGCGUCAGUUGAGAGAAGCGUGAAAAUCAAUUUUCAGCUAGUACCUUUGCAUAACAAGCGCGACGAUGAUAACAAGUUACACAUAUCGACCUUUUGAAUUUUGUCGUUCUCGACUUAAAAGUCUGGCCUUUCAAGGGGAUUUUCCACGAGGACUGAUAAUGUAUCGAGAGUGGUAGGUAGGAAUAUUUUACGCCCAACAAUGACACGUUUAUCAAGCUGAAUGAGCAGUAACAUAAGCGAUAAACAUUAUACCAGCAAGAUCACAUCGUGAUUUCCCCGCUGCAAGGUGUGUACACCUGAUUAUCGGUCCAGUGAUGAUCUCAUCGGACUGAAUUUAAGUCGCCGAUAUCGCGAACAAAGCGGGAUUGUCAAAUAAAUAUUCCACAACAUCUCGCGUUCUCAAGAUACUCGAGAUUUUGAGAGAUCUUCGAGCGUGAGGCGCGUAAACAAGUCCGUAAGUUGCACGAAAUUUCCUUACAAACAAUUAACAAUUACGAUCUCGAGCAGACUUCUUCGUUAUUUUUCAUUCGCUUGAUCGUUAUCGCGCGAAAUUUACACGUGCAUCGCGCGUGUGUUCCGCUUCGAGUCACUUUCCGAGCGAUUAGUCAGAAGACGCACGAAACCAUCGUACUCCGGACUUCGCUUCGCUACUCGACGCUGUACGCAUAAGAUUUCUUAUCGGGAUUAGUGAUCGCGUAUCACGUCGCUCUAACGUCGCUCUCGUUUACGAUAGCACGGGAGUUUCACGUGAGCCGCGGCUGUGCAUUCUCUUAUCCGUGCGUCACUGUGUUUUUUGCACUCUCCACUCGAGACGAUCGACGUUCCCAAUUGAUUCAUAACAGCCAGCACGACGACACUGCGCAUACUUUCCGCCAAUGCCACUAUGGAUCGCUUUUACGCACUAAAGGAAUAUUUCAUAAGAUAAAGCAACACGCACAUAUACACGCGCAGAGCACUUCAGAAUCACUUAAUGUCCACAAGACUACAAAUUUUCCAAUCAUUUUUCGGAAUUUCAAAACGUUUGCGAUAAAAAUAUCGAUAAGUUUCGAAUUAAUGAUUGAUAUGAAAUAAGAAAUUAACGAUUUUUAAAUCAAGAAGAAUUACGUCUUACAAAGUUAAUUGCAAGUUAUUAGUUUAAUUUUUUUCUUAAUUUGAAAACUCGUCAUAAAGAUACGUAAAAAACGGAGAAGAAAAGAGCGAUUAUAAAAUAAUAGGUUUGCUCGAGUUGCUUGUACUUUUCACACUUUUACACCUAAUGCCCGUUGCACACUAAUGCACUCCAAACAACACAAAUUUUCAAAAAUACAUUCUGAAUACGUUUUCAGGA